CCAGCCAAACCUUUGUAGAGGGAGAAGUAUCCUAUUGGGUAGAGGCAGGGUAUAGAAACAUGUGCAAGAUGAUAUAGCCUACAUAACUAUUUCACAGAGGAGAGCUUAGUACAGACAGCAAAGUUAGAGAGAAAAAUGGUAUUAAUUCAGUUAUCAUCCCUAGUUUCAGAAGUGUCGCAUGGACAGGCUUUCUUAGGUCUGUGUAGUUUACUUAUUUCCCUUAUUGUUCUUUUGCUGAUCCGGCAGCUUGUGAAGCAGAGGAGACCACGAGGAUUCCCUCCUGGACCGUCACCUAUCCCUGUUAUAGGGAACAUUAUGUCUUUAGCAACAGAACCGCACGUCUUUAUGAAGAAACAGAGUGAAAUCCAUGGGCAGAUUUUCAGUCUUGAUUUGGGAGGCUACUCAGCAGUGGUUCUGAAUGGAUAUGAUGCCAUCAGAGAAUGCCUGUACCACCAGGGUGAUGUCUUUUCUGACCGGCCAUCGCUGCCUUUAUUUAUGAAAAUGACAAAAAUGGGAGGACUUCUGAAUGCUAAAUUUGGCAACGGAUGGAUUGAACAUCGUCAACUGGCCAGCAACUCCUUUCGUUACUUUGGCAGUUUUCAAAAGCCCCUCUACCAGAAGAUCCUGGAAGAGUGCAUGUUUUUUGUGGAUGCCAUCGACGAACACAAAGGGAAACCCUUUAACCCAAAGCACCUUGUGACCAAUGCUGUGUCCAACAUCACCAACCUCAUCAUCUUCGGUGAGCGUUUCACGUACGACAACUGUGACUUCCAGCACAUGAUUGAGAUCUUCAGUGAGAAUGUGGAGCUGGCCGUCAGUGGCUGGGCCUUCCUUUACAACGCCUUCCCAUGGAUCGAGUACCUCCCCUUUGGAAAGCACCAGAAGCUGUUCCGCAACGCAGCCAAGGUCUAUAACUUCCUGGAGCAGAUCAUCAGGCGCUUCUCGGAGGGCAGAGUGUGCAACUUCCCGCGCCACUACAUCGAUGACUACCUGAACAAGUUGGACAAGAGUGCUGGCGACUUGGGCACCCCGUAUUCCAGGGAGAACCUAAUCUACUCUGUGGGCGAGCUCAUCAUCGCAGGCACGGAGACCACCACCAACACCCUACGCUGGGCUAUGCUCUACAUGGCCCUCUACCCCAACAUUCAAGAGAAGGUGCAUAAGGAGCUGGACAGUGUGCUGGGAAGUGAGAAGUCCCCCUCGCUGGCGGACAAAAAGAGGAUGCCCUAUGUGGAAGCGGUGCUACAUGAGGUCCUGCGCUUCUGUAACAUCGUGCCCCUGGGUAUCUUCCGCGCCACCACUCAGGACACACUGGUGAGCGGCUACAACAUCCCCAAAGGCACCAUGGUCAUCACCAACCUGUACUCUGUGCACUUUGAUGAGAAGUACUGGUGCGACCCUGGAACCUUCUCACCACAUCGCUUCCUGGACAGCAAUGGAAACUUUGUCCGACGGGAAGCUUUCCUACCCUUCUCUCUGGGGAAGCGUCACUGUUUGGGCGAGCAUCUGGCCAGGAUGGAGAUGUUCCUGUUCUUCACCACCAUGCUGCAGCGCUUCCACCUGCAGUUCCCGCCCGGCACAGUGCCAAGCCUCACCCCCAAACUGGGCAUGACACUGCAGCCGCUGCCUUACUCCAUCUGCGCCGUCCGCAGGCAGCAGUGACAGAUUCUCAGAAGGCACAGCCCGAAGGGGUGGGGGGGGGUUUAGUCAGAACUAAACAGGGGUCUAGAGCUUGGACUCCUACCCUGUGUAUUACACAGAACUGCUAGAAUUCUAAACAUCAGCCGAUGGUUGUUUCUGAGAAAUUGCAUGUUUGCACAGCACCAUUUGCAAAGUAAAAUAUCAGGUGGAACUUCUCAGUAAGUUUAAUCGAAGAUAAGAAGUGUGAAUAUUUAAACAAUACAUGCAGACAUAUACUAUGAAUUAACCUUGAAUUAGAAUUUACUUUUUAUCUGUGUCCUUAUCAAAUGUCUCAUCUUCCCUGCGGGAUUACAUCAAUGAUUGACAGGAUGGGCCUCUAUGAUGGUUCACAGCCCUGUCUUCUCUCUCACAGCCUGCCUAGAUGAGAAAUGGGAACAUUACCCACUGGGCACACACUGGUUGAAUCAUAGUUGUUUCCAUGUCAUUUCAAUGAAAUUACAUUGAAUCUAUGUGGAAUAGACGUUGAAUUGAUGUCUGUUCCCAGUGGGUAGUUUCAGCUGUUUCUACAGCAGUGAAAAUAAGUAGACUAGCAGCCAGCUUUUCCUAGAAGGCUCUGGACAUGGUGUUUAGUCUGGAUCAGUGCCAUAUCAAGCAGUCUGAACUAACAAUGAACCCGAUCUCUAGGGAUUCUUCCAUGGAAAAGCCUUCCCUCAGAAAGCUACUGCAAUAUCUGUAGAAAAUGUCUUUGUGAUGCUGUCCUUUGUGAUUUAAGUAAAUUUUACUUUUGUCUAUUAUGGUCAUACUUUGUAAUAAGAACAAUGCCGUUUUGGUACUCCACUUACCUUUUUUACAAUGUUUAUGGUGUGCCUUUCCUAAGAGAAAUUCAAGUUACAUAUGUUUUAUGCCGCUUGUUAUUUUUCUUCAACAUGCUGACAGUAUAUCUCUCAAUAAGUUAUAGGAAACAUUUCUGGAGAGAAAACAUAGACCUAUCUAAACUACAGUACAGGACUAGUCAGACAUGGACUUUUGCAGUAAGCCGGCAGAAUGUGUCCAGACUGGGUCGUCCAGGGAUACACAGACACUAUAAAUAAUCUUCAUGUGGUUGGAGCUGAGCCUGGGGGGGGGGGGUCACCCAUUUCCUUAAGUGACCUCUCACUUCUACUCAACAGACCAAAGGGCUAGAAAAAAAACUCCAAUGCAAUGCUGUGCUGUGCAUAUAUCAGACUUACUGGGUAAUAUUUCAUAUUGAUGUAAUGUCUCUGGCUAUUUUUGGCACCCAGCAUACCUCUAACUGCACUUCUCAGAAAGUUAUGCUGAGGUAGACAGACUGCC